UAUUCUCAGAGAAAAUACAAGCAAUGUGUUUAUAACAAUCCUUUCACUUACCUAUAAGCUAGGUUUCUCAUAAUAACAAAGAUAUUAUAAAUCACAUCUUGAUUUUAUUUUACUCAUAACUUUUAAUGACAGUUAUGACUUGGGUUAAAAGAGGUUACAUUAAACGUGCGGUGUGACUGUCAAUGACAAAUGCUCUAUAAUUUUAAAGAUCCCGUUUUCAUCAAGUCGGUGUCAUCAUGACAUCAACUGAUAUGAUUGCCUUUCUGUACGGCGAUAUGUAGAGUAGUGCGGUAUUUAACAACAAACGGCCGAUACGCGCGACCACUUUCCGACCGGGCAGCCGUCCGUACGCAUUCGUGUAUCCAUGACUUUUUAGAAAAAUAAGGUUUCAUACGGCUGCGCUUGCCUGGACUUGGACUCGCAACGCCGGAUAUGAGGACAGACUGCAGUUGAAGUUGUCGUCGUGCAAGAUGCGGUGAUUAGUUGAAGUUUUGAUGGUGCUGAGUGACUUCGGACUGAGUGAUCAUUAAUGUUCGUGUUUUGUGUCGGGAACUAUACUUGGGACAUAGUGCUGUGAUUGAAUACAUCAUGUUUCUUCUAAAGAUUGCUACCUUCCUUCUCGUUGCCCUCGCCGUUGGAGCCGAGAAGAAAAUCGAGUUGCAAGACAUCGAAGAAGACAACUUGAGAAGUGAGAUGGAAACUGAAAAAGAAAAAGUAGCCGAUAAAUCUGAUAGUUCUCAGCCAACGAGCGCUGUGUCGGGUCCAGGUUUUAGUUCUUUGGACUUUAUGAAGAGCGGGCUUCUGAGGUACCUCGAUGGUGCAGCGCCGGUAGGUCCUCAGCCUCAACAGCAACAGCCGCAGCAGCAGCGCUAUGUGCAUCAGUAUGCGGUGACUGAGCAGCCAGAGCGACACGCACCACCUUCAGCCAAAGUACAUUACGGUCCUCCAGCGCCUCAACAGGCUAUGGUCGGAUACUUAUCUAACAUGCCCAUGCAGAUUUAUCUAGUCCCACAAUAUUAUCCCGAUCAAUCGGGCCCACAUGCAAGACCACAAUAUCAACCGCAAUCCCAACCUCAAUAUGAACAACCUAGCUUACCUAGAGCUGGAUAUCAACCAACCCCUGAAGCAAUACAAAACAAUUAUAUAGAAGUACCAUCUGUGGCAUAUGUGGCACCUCCACAAAAGCCUUAUGUCCCAAAUUACCCUCAACAAGGGUACACAUACGUGACUUACCCUACUCAACCUACCGCCGCGGCAACUCAGGCAACGAUAGCUCCUGUAGUAGCCUACCAGGUGCCACUUAUACAAUUUAAUCCAGGAGUAGUUUCACCUCCAACUAUACCCAAACCUUAUUUCAAUAAUAAUCCUGAGUAUACUGAUAGCAACACAGUUGACGAAGUAGUGGCGCAUGAUAAUGAUCAGAAACAGUACACCUCUCAACCGGAGCUACCUUAUGCAGCUCCAGAGUACCCCCGUCAUUAUAAUUCUCGUGCACCUAUAAGAGAGGAGUAUAGGCAUCAUGGCAUUCCUGAGCUGCCUCAUCCGAACCCCUUAUUAUUAAAAGCUCAGCCGCCACACUUGGCUCAUUUACCCAAAGCUUUGCCGAUGCAUCGACCAUACUUGAAAUCAUAUCAAGGGAACGCACUUGUUCCUAGUUCGUUUACUUCCAGGCCUCACGAUUUAUAUGGACCGCCACCAUUUAAAAGGAGACCAAAUUCACUGUUGGACUCGUACAUACCUUCUAGCGUGCAGGUUGAAUAUUUGAAAAGGGGUUUAGUGAAAGAACCUCUACACGCUUAUGAUGCCGUAGCCAGCGGACGCUUGCCGCAUCCGAUACCGCGGCAAUACGAACGAGGAUUUCUGCCGAAUCAGAUGUAUCACACGGGUGCCGGAGGUGUCACGUACGGACAUUAUAAAAGAACGCCAAAAAGUGAUCGGGUCCCUCAGAAAUGAACACGACCAAUGAAUACCAGUAAACCUGUUAACGUUCAAUACUUCUAUAAGUUAUAAAUAAUGUUAUUUUUGUAAGAGUAUAUUUUGCGUGAUUCAGGAUGAAAUAAAUAAGCUGAAGGCUGAAACUGUAAGGUACAGCAUGUGUGUGUUAUAGUAGAUAAGUUUGUUAAACAUAAUUUUAAGGACGUAAAAGCUUUGAGUGUAUCAUAUGAUUAAAAUUUUAAUUUGAAUGGUCAGUAUUUCCAUGUUCAGUGUUUCUAUAUUGUUAUUUAUAAAUAAUAUUGUUGUUAAUAA